AUGUCCGAAGCUAUCAAUAACCAUCGAAUCAAGGACGACAUAAAGCAAGCCUAUGAUGAGAUUGCCGAAGUUUACCUAAACUGGACAAAACCUUCUCAUGAAAUACGCCUUUCCUAUCUCGAUCUCAUGCUUCGGUCCCUUGAUUCUGCAAAAGAAAACCGCCAAAUCAGCAUCCUUGAGCUAGGAUGCGGGGCCGGGGUACCGUGUACUGAACUGUUGGCAUCGCGUGAACACAUCAGCGUCACUGCGAAUGACAUAUCCGAGACCCAAAUCGCCAUGGCAAAAAAGCGGCUUCCUCAGUCCGUGAACCUGAUACAAGGGGACAUGAUGGAGUUGGAAUUCAACCGGGAGAAUUUCAAUGCUGUGAUGGCCAUGUAUUCUAUUUUUCAUCUGCCACGCGACGAACAAACUACAAUUCUUCGGCGCAUUUUUGAUUGGUUGAAACCUGGGGGGCAGCUUCUCGCGAAUUUCCCCGAGACUGGAUUUACGAGCUCUUCUGAUAAAUCUUGGCUAGGCGGCACAAAAGGGGCAAUGCAUUGGAGUGGUUGGGGUAGAGAUGAAAUGAGAAGACUUCUCACAGAGAUUGGCUUUGAGAUCCAGAUUGAUGAGGUUGUCGUGGAUUGUGAAGAGAAAAAUGGAGCUUCGCUGAGCGUCCCGUUUCACUGGAUCUUAGCCAAAAAAUGA